AUGUCCGGCCGCAGCCCCGAACUCCUCGCCAAGUACCCAUCACUGGCCAAAUUCGACGGCAGCGACGACUACGUCGAGUCCCACGAUGGCCGCGAGGCCGUCCUCCUAAAACACAUCUACAACCACCCCUCGCUGGAGCAGCUGCGCGGCUCACCCGCCGCCAUCUGUGCCGUGAUGGACGAGUUCGCCGGACAAGAGGAUUUCCUCAUCAACAUCGGCAGUGACAAGGGUCAGAAGGUGCAUGAUCUUAUCAAGAGCGAGAAGCCUGCUGUGCUUGUUGAGCUAGGCGGGUAUGUGGGGUACUCUGCGAUCUCGUUUGGAGACGCUAUGCGGCAGGCUGCUGCACCGGGCCAGGAGGUCCGGCUUUGGAGUCUGGAGUUUGAUCCGGUUAUUGCGUCGAUUGCGAUGAACCUGAUUGAGCUUGCUGGCUUGAGUGAUGUUGUGAAGGUUGUUGUGGGGUCUGCGGCGGAUUCGCUGAAGAGGCUCCAGGCGGAGGGAAAGCUGAGUAGCAUUGAUUUCUUGUUCUUGGAUCAUGACGAGGAGCUUUAUACGCCGGAUCUGCGGCUUUGUGAGGAGCUGGGUCUUUUGAAAUCGGGCGCUUUGGUGGUGGCGGAUAAUGUUUUGAGGCCCGGAGCUCCGAAAUAUCGUGAGUAUGUGCGCCAGCAUGCUGGGGUGGAAAGCUGGGCUGUCAAGGGUUUGAUUAUGCCUGGCGAGUUUGAGGAUGAACUUGAGGUCACGCGAAUCAAGUAG